UUUUUUUGUUGAAUUAUUCUGCGUUAUCAUAUAUUGUGACUUAGAUUUAAUAGAUUAAUUUUAUUUAUAAAAAUUUCAAGUUGAUAUUUGUUGGCUGCUUAUGAUACUUUAAAUAUCAUUGGAUAAAUCCUGGCGUUGAAUGUAAAUAAGACAGGGAAAGAGAGGAACCAGGUGAAAUAGAGGUCUGAUCGGAUACGAUGUUGAGAAUGAGAAGUGGCUGUUUCUUGGUGGUGUUCCUCUUGCUCAGUGCACUCAACUUGAUAACGGAAAGUGCUGUGGACUAUAGCAACGACAAAUGGAUCACGGCGUUGAACCGCGAUUCAUUCGCCAAACUCGUCAACGGUUCUGACGCGUUUUGGGUGGUUGAAUAUUACCUGCCUUGGUGCGGUGCUUGCAAUUCGUUCGCCCCCAUCUUUUCCGCUUGGGCCUGGGAGACCAGAAGAUGGAGUCCUAUCGUGAAGGUUGGAGCAAUAUCGUGUGAUAGUGAGUCAGAUAUGUGCGUCUCAGAGAACAUUCACGGAGUGCCUUUAGUAAAGUUCUACUACAGUUGGGAUAAUGCGAAGAGAUCAAAGGAUUUGUCCACAGGAAUUCCGGAUGUUGGCCAGAUGAGGAGAGCUUUGUUAAAUGAACUUCAAAAAAUCAUCAAUUCAACGACAACCAAACAGGCUAAAUGGCCAACAUUGGCUGAAAUCAAUUUGAACGGCUCGCUCUUUAACGACGACCAGUUCGUGUUCGUCAUCGUUGAGAAUGAACACGCCCAUGCCAAUGACAUUGGCAGAUCGGUUAUAAUGGAUAACAUAAUGCUCAUGCCCGAUGUGAUGGUGUAUCGAUGCAAUGACAAAUCUCCUGAUAAUAAUCUGGUAGCUGGCUUCUACAGAUACUUUAGCUUCAACAACUCAUACGCCAACAUCAAUGCUGAAUACUCCAGAGCAGGCAUCAAUGCAGUCAUCUUGGCAGUGACAGGCAAAAACAUAAAUGGCGGUGGAGAGGAGGGCGGCGAUAAAAAUGAUGACGUCAUUCCUGAUGUUCGGGUGGAUGAUAAAUCAUACGUCUACAAGCCACCACUGGGAUUGUAUGUGCAAGACCUGACGACCAGCAUCUACCACUUGUUUCAUUACGAGGUGGCAUCUCAAACAACCAUCGACAAAGAAGCGUACAAGGCUCUCAAAACAUAUCUCAUGGUCCUCUACAGAUUCCACAUUGUAGAUGCUCCAGUCCUGGAGUUCGUCAGAUCAAUCCUUGGCUGGUUGAACACCGUCUCACCACCGAUCACUUCGCAGCAAUGGGAGGAGGCCAUCAAAUCUGUCGAUACGAGAACAGCCUACCUACCUGAGAAGAAUGAGUGGAAAGCUUGCAAAGGUUCUGUGAGUCAUUACCGCGGCUACCCCUGUAGUUUGUGGGUGACCAUUCAUACGUUGCUCGUCAGCGCUCAUCGUAAUCCUCGGGGAGAAAACGUGCAAAGAGUCGGCAUGGACAUAUUAUUGGCCUUCAGGGGCUACAUCGAACAUUUCUUCCGAUGUAUCGAAUGUCGUGAAAACUUUGUAAAAUAUUCAAAAAAUUGGCUGACCGAACCGAAAAAUGCCUCGUGGACGGCCAAGAAAGCUUCCAUCGACAUUUGGAGACGACACAAUUUGGUGAACCUCAACCUACACAAGAUUUCUCCACUAACAGAAGAUCCUGAAUUUCCAAAGAUUCAAUUUCCAUCCAUCGUGGAUUGUCCCAGGUGCAGACGAGUGACCUCGAGAAAUUUUUCAGUUUUUGUGUCAAACAUAUCGGACUGGGACCAGGAGAAAGUUUUUGAUUAUUUGGUGAAGUUUUACAGCAUACCAAAGAGUCAGAACUGCGCAGAACGCGGGAAGCCUAUAGUUUCAACAGCGUGGGGCCCUUGCUCCAAGACAUGCGAUGCUGGUGUCUCAACCAGAUUCUCUAACGACAACGACGAAUGCAAAUUGGAAAUUCAAACACAAAUAUGCAUGGACAGGCCUUGUUCUAUUAAUUUUCCAUCGUGGACAGAAUCACUUAAAAAAAGACAAGAAUGCAUCACUCGGGGCAACACGUACACCUCAUCGGUUUCUUCAACGCUCAACUUUUCCAGCUGUUCAACUCUUCUGAAGGAGAAAUGGAACAUUUGCGGUCUGUGUCCGUCUCGACGACCAGGAGGUCGGCCCGUAUGUUGCGUUCCAAAAAUAUUCACUCAGAAAUCUUUUAAAGUACUCUGCAGUAACUUAACAAUCGCAAAUGAAAGAAAAGAUAGCAAGGAAGAUGCUGUUUGGCUGAACGAAAAGUUGAAGCCUAAGGAUAUCGAGAGAGCCAGGUAUUCAGUCGGUGAGAUUAACGUGCGCAUGGUUAAGUUAUGCGCCUGCGAUGAGAAAUAUUGUUGAAAUUGCAAAAAUGCUUGUUUCAAAACCACUGUCUUUUUUCAAAUUAUUUAAAUUAUUUGAAAAUGCUUCAUCUGUCAGGCAAUAUAUUUCAGUAUAUUCCAAUUUUGGUUUUGUUGUUCAUUCAUUCAUUCAUUCAUCAUCAUUUUUAAAAAAUCGAAUCGGUAUUUUGUUGAUGACUUGUUAUAUUUCACGGUUUGUUAAUUCCAUCGUACACCUUUAUUGAACUGGCAUAUUGAACAUUUGUUCAUUAAAGUGGUUUUAUUUAUUGUACUUGUUUUUUGAUUUGCAGUUUCAAAAAUGCUUUUUAAAUUUAUCAAAAUAAAUUAUUCGUAAAA